UGGGCGUGAAGUUCCCUCGGCCGAGCUCUGCCGUCUCAGUCGCCGAAUUUCGAGACUCCGAAGCGGAGGCAACGAAUAACUUUUUGCCAUGGCGAAGGCUCACAUGCUGUCGUGCUUGGCGCUUGUGCUGUUGGUCGUAAUCCUCGAGGCCACUCCAAGAACUCCCAACGUACAAGUUUAUUCCCGCCAUCCCGUGGAGAUGGGCAAAGAAAACAUUGUGAAUUGCUACGUGGACAACUUCCACCCUCCCAAAAUCAACAUCACAAUUGAGAAGGGCGGGAAGCCACUUGAUGUGAAACAGUCUGACCUUUCUUUUGAUAAAACCUGGGCCUUCAAUCGCCUUGUCUAUGCCAAGGUCAUUCCAGAUGGGGAAGAUGUCUCCUGCAGAGUGGAGCACAGCACCCUGGAGAAACCAAAGGUUGUCAAAUGGGAGCAAGAGUAAUAACCAAAUGACCCCUCAGCAGGAAAGGUCCAAAGAGCCUUCCAUUUUAUUGCUACUUGAGCAUUCUUCCUCCGCUGUUCCUGCCUUUCUACUGAUUAUGUAGCUCUCUGGAUAGUUUUCCAUCAUGAACCGCAUACAUCAAAACCUGCUGAGACCUGCUGAUGGGCCGUGCUUGAGACUUUGAAGUGUUUGAUGUGGGCUUUCAUAUAUGUGUGUCCUCUGUAGGCAGACAAUUGAAGAUUGCCUCGGAAAUCUGAUCUGUCAUGCAUUUAUUGUAACAUUCAGUGAUAUUCAAUCUGGCUUCAUAAAAAACAAUGUAACCUUCUGUUGAUUUUUCAAAUACUUCUAUCAGCAAAAUCUUCCAGGAAUUUGAAUCUUUGCAAAAAGAAGCAAGUAGAAAGGCUUAUGGGUUGCAUCACAUACUACCGUAGUUGUACUUUGAAUAGAGCCAUUAAAGUUAUUGGACUUGAGUAACUUUGGUCCAUUAAUUUUGGUGGGUCUACUCUGAGUAUCCUAUAUAUUUCACUUUUUUGACUAUGAAUUAGUUUCUCAUUUGGCCUAUCUGGAAUGUAACUUUUAAUGCUAGUAUUAGCAUUUAUUAAAAGUCUUAAUAAAGUGCUUCUACCAAGAUUUCCUUAUGUAA